CUAGAACUUAUGGAAGCUUGUUAACAAAAAGCUUGUUAAAAAAGAUCAUUGUGACGUGCGUUUUUUUGCGCGUGUGUGCGUGCGUAUGCUGAAGGGAAAGUAAAACCUAUCGCCUAAGUCGUUUCAGGAGAAAAACUCAUCUGUAGGGAAAGAUGAAGGGAAAGAGAUCAGAAUCACCAGAACCCAGCUGUGUGUCCAUGAAGAGUGACCAGUCAAUGGAUCCCAUAACUAACUUCAGAGACAAAGACACUUCUGAUCUGAGAAUGAUGGAGGAAAAGAGACCAAACUUGCCAGAACCCAGCUGUUUGUCCAUGAAGAGUGACCAGUCAAUGGAUCCCAUAACUAACUUCAGAGACAAAGACACUUCUUCUGAUCUGAGACAACAAAAGAAGAAAUCAAACAUCAGCAGAAAUCAGUUGGACUCCAUAUUCAAGGAGCUGGAACACAAAGUCAUCACUCUGAUAAAGAAUGAGCUGAAGAGGUUUAGGAAGCUCUUGAGUCCCGAUUACCCAGCAGGCACUGAGAAGGGGGUGGAGGAUGAGGAGGAUCUGCACAGUGUCAGAGAGGGAGCACUGAAGAUCACACUGCAUGUCCUAAAGAACAUGAACCACACAGAUCUUGCUAAUACACUGCAGAACAAGUCUAUAGGUCCUGUAUAUCAGCCAAAGUUGAAAUCCAAGCUGAGAGAGAAGUUUAAAAGAAUUAAUGAAGGAAUCUCACAACAUGGAAGCUCAGAACUUCUGAAUGAGAUCUACACUGAGCUAUACAUCACAGAGGGUUGGAGUGGAGACGUCAAUAAUGAACAUGAGGUGAGACAGAUUGAGAAAGCAUACAGAAGACCAGCGACACAGGAUAAAUCCAUCAACUGUAAUGAUCUCUUUAAAGACAAGUCCAUCAGAACUGUGCUGACUAAAGGAAUAGCAGGAAUUGGAAAAACAGUCUCCGUGCAGAAGUUCAUUCUGGACUGGGCUGAAGGAGAAGCAAAUCAGGAUGUCACCUUCAUGUUCCCACUUCCCUUUAGAGAGCUGAAUCUGAUGAAGCAGCAAAAUCUCAGUCUGAUGAAUCUUCUUUAUCACUUUUUCCCAGAAAUAAAAAAACUAGUAAAAAUAAACUGUGAUUAUUACAAAGUCCUGUUCAUCUUUGAUGGUCUGGAUGAGUGUCGACUUCCUCUAAAUUUCCAGAAGAAUCAGAGAUUGUGUGAUGUGACAGAGUCAGCCUCAGUAGAUGUUCUGCUGACAAACCUUAUCAAGGGGAAUCUGCUUCCCUCUGCUCUCCUCUGGAUAACCUCUCGACCAGGAGCAGCCAAUCAAAUCCCUCCUGAGUGUGUUGACCAGGUAACAGAGGUACGAGGCUUCAGCAAUCCUCAGAAAGAGGAGUACUUCAGGAAGAGGUUCAGUGAUCAGAGCCUGGCCAAUAAAAUCAUCACACACCUGAAGUCUUCAAGAAGCCUCUACAUCAUGUGCCACAUCCCAGUCUUCUGCUGGAUCUCAGCCACUGUUCUAGAGAGAAUGUUGGGUGAAGCAGAAAGUGGAGAGAUCCCCAAGACUCUGACUCAAAUGUUCACACACUUCCUGAUCUUUCAAAUCAAACACAAGGACCAAAAGUACCAUCAGAAAUGUGACCCUGGUUCUCAGCAGACCAGAGAGAGUAUCCUGGCACUGGGAAAACUGGCUUUCCAGCAGCUGGAGAAAGGAAACCUGAUCUUCUAUGAAGAUGACCUGAGAGAGUGUGGCAUUGAUGUCAAAGAAGUGUCAGUGUAUUCAGGAGUGUGUACCCAGAUCUUCAAAGAGGAGUUUGGGCUUAACCUGGGGAAGGUGUUCAGCUUUGUCCAUCUGAGUGUUCAGGAGUUUCUUGCUGCUUUAUACACAUUUCUCUCCUUUAUCAGCAAAAAUGUAACAGAACAGCAGUCUACUCAUCUCAAUCCAAACAUGUCUAGUCUCCUCAGAAGUGCAGUGGACAAGGCCUUAAACCCUGAGAUUGGACACCUGGAUCUGUUUCUCCGCUUCCUUCUGGGUCUCUCAUUGGAGUCCAAUCAGACUCUCUUACGAGAUUUAAUGCCACAGACAGUAAGUAGCUCUCACAGCAAACAGGAAACAGUGGAUUACAUCAAGGAGAAGAUCAGAGAGAAUCCUUCUACAGAGAAAUCCAUCAAUCUGUUUCACUGUCUGAAUGAACUGCAUGAUCAUUCUCUAGUGCAGGAAGUACAAACGUACCUGAACAAAGGAGGUUACAGACGUCUCAGUGGAACCAGUCUCUCUCCUGCUCAGUGGUCAGCUCUGGUGUUUGUGUUACUGAGCUCAGAACAGGAGCUGGAUGAUUUUGAUUUGAGUAAAUAUGAUCCAUCAGAUGAAUGUCUUCUGAGGCUGCUGCCAGUUGUCAAAGCCUCCAGAAAAGCUGAGUUGUGGAAGUGUAACCUGACAGAGGAAAGCUGUAGAGUUCUGUCCUCAGUUCUCACCUUAAACUCCUCCAGACUGAAAGAACUGAACCUGAGUUACAAUAAACUACAGGAUUCAGGAGUGAAGCUGCUCUCUGAUGGACUGAAGAAUCCACACUGUACACUGGAAAUACUGAGGCUGUUUCAAUGUAACCUGACAGAGGAAAGCUGUGGAGUUCUGUCCUCAGUUCUCACUUCAAACUCCUCCAGACUGAGAGAACUGGAACUGAGAGGAAAUAAACUGCAGGAUUCAGGAGUGAAGCUGCUCUCUGAUGGACUGAAGAAUCCACAUUGUACACUGGAGAUACUGAAUCUGUGUUGGUGUAAUCUGACAAAGAGAAGCUGUAGAGUUUUGUCCUCAAUUCUCACCUCAAACUCCUCCAGACUGAGAGAACUGAACCUGAGUAACAACAAACUGCAGGAUUCAGGAGUGAUGCUGCUCUGUAAUGGACUGAAGAAUUCACACUGUUCACUGGAGAUACUGAGUCUGCGUGACUGUAGUCUGACAGAGGAAAGCUGUAGAGUUCUGUCCUCAGUUCUCACCUCAAACUCCACAAGAGUGAAACAACUGGACCUGAGUGGAAAUAACCUGAAGGAUUCAGGAGUGAAGCUGAUCUCUGUUGGACUGAAGAAUGCACACUGUCCACUGGAGAUACUGAGGCUUUGUGAUUGUGAUCUGACAGAGAAAACAUGUAGAGUUCUGUCCUCAGUUCUCAGCUCAAACUCCUCCAGACUGAGAGAACUGAACCUGAAUGGAAAUGAACUGCAGGAUUCAGGAGUGAAGCUGAUCUGUGAUGGACUGAAGAAUCCACAAUGUACACUGGAGAUACUGAGGAUGUGGGACUGCAAUAUUACAGAUGAAGGUUUUGCUGCUUUGGCUUCAGCUCUGAGGACAAACUCCUCAUCACACCUGAGAGAACUGAUUCUGUACGGUAAUAAUCCAGGAGAAUCAGGAGUGAAGGGGCUCAGUGAUCUACUGAAGGAUCCACAGUGUACACUGGAGAAACUAUACAUUAAAGUUAAUUUAUUCACAUGAAGAAGAUAACAGAAGACAAGACUAUCCUGAUCACAUCCUUCCUCCACUCACUCCACCUUUUUUCAGACUGUCAUUAGACUGUAUAUUGUGUGGAAGGAAUGUCAUUAUGAUCAGUGAACACAGGAGUAAUGAUCUCUGUAAAUAAUACAGUCGGCUGUGCUACAUGCAUCUCCUCAUAUCUCCUUAACAUGUGUCAGAUCAUGUAAAAAACACUAUAAAUAUAAAUAUACACAGUCUUUAUAGAUCUGUUCAUCAUGUCAGUGAUGUGUCAAGCCCUGCUCUGGAUCUGUAUAAUGAAUUAUGUCUCUGUAAAUUAUGACUCAGUUUUUACACUGUUACUAAACUUGCCAUUUAAUGUAUUUUUAUAUGUAUUUUUUUUCCUUCUGAGAUUUCCAACUAAAAUAAAUAUAAAUAAAGAAAAAAUGAGAGUUGGAAUGGAACAGGGAACAUACCAAGUUUUGAACCCUAAUCUCCAGGGAUUGGAUGUAAGAUCUCACCUUACUGAUCAUCCCACAGAGACACUGACAGACUCAAGUGCCGAGGAAGAUGCACUUGAUCAUUUUGAUGCAUAUUGCACAUUUUCUGUUAAUCUAAUAAACCUCAUUUCACUACUGAAA